ACGUCACCCGCGCAAGAGGAAAUGCAAAAAACAGACGGGGAAAGUUUCAAAAUACGAAAAACUUACCGGAAGUUCAUUAACGAGAACAUAUGACGAUUCUUACAUUUUAAGGUUAUAUAAAAAUGGAGCAAAUUCUACCACAUUUUGCAGAAGGAAAAGUUGUGAAAGGAUUUGGACGGGGCAGCAAAGAACUAGGAAUACCCACUGCUAAUUUCCCAGAAAAAGUAGUAGAAAACUUACCCAAAGAUCUUCCCGGUGGUGUGUACUACGGCUGGGCCAAUGUUGAUAAUGGUGAAGUAUUGAAAAUGGUCCUCAGUAUUGGAUGGAACCCUUACUAUCAUAAUACAAAGAAAUCUAUGGAAACACAUGUUAUACAUACAUUUAAAGAAGAUUUUUAUGGAUCAACAUUAAAAGUAAUUAUGCUUGGAUAUAUACGACCAAUGAGAGAUUUCUCCUCUUUAGGAGAACUUAUAGAUGCCAUAAAUGACGAUAUACAACAGGCUAAAGACAAGUUAGAUUUACCAGAGAAUACAUCGUACAAACAAAAUAACUUUUUAUUUGAUGAAAUCAAGGAGGAUGUUUAAUGUUAAAUUAUCUUAGAUUUUUUAUUUUUUUUAUUUAUUUACAGACUGACUGUUUUAAGUGAGACUGGUUUAAUGUUUGUUGGUGGUCAUUUACUGUAAACCAACUUAUUUUCGCGGAUUCUUUAUUUCGCGUUUAUCUCCAGCUAGUCUACUUCACAGCGAUUUAAUUUCGCCAUUUUCUAGUUAACUUGAUAUAGUUAAAUAACUUAUUUAAAAUAAGGAAAGAUCCAAGUUAUACAUAUUCACGACGAUUUAUUUUCGUGUUAUUUUUCUACUCGCGAAAGCCGCCAAAAUUAAUCGCUUGCGAAAUUAAGUUGGUUUACAGUAUUUGGCAAUGUGGUAUAAAUAUUUGAGCUGCAUCAGAAAGAAAUCAACUUUAUGCAAGUGCAUACAUAUAAGUACAUAUGUAAGCCUUUAUACAUAUAUGUACAUGUGUAAGCCUUUGGACAAUUUUAUAACAUUAAAAUACAGAAUAAAAGAUUAAUUUUGGUUUGUUUUGUAGGGAUCUUAUAUCUAUUGAUUUUUUCAGCUCAAUAUUGCUAUUUUGUGCCGAUGCAGCAUAGAGCAAUAAUCACCAAUCAAAUCAAUUUUAAAACGCUACAGACGUUGCAUAGAGAUUUUAAGUCAACAUAUAUAAUAUAUUGGAAUACAUUUGCAUUGAGUUGAUCUCUAUCCCACACAGCUCAUAUAUAAUGAAAUAAUUCCUGGUGAAGUUUUGUAUAAAUCCUUAAGAUGUUCAACCAAUUCGCUGUUUCAGAAAAUAAAGAAUCAUGGGUAAUUUCAUUGUUCGUACCCCAAAGUGAAAUUAACGUCACUUCAUUGGUUAUAUUUCCAUUGUUUAUGACAUUUUUAACCAAUCACAAAGUUUUGGUGUACAUUUUUUAAAAUAUUACCCAGGGUGCAUUAGAUUCUGAAAAGGCAAAUUAUUUUGUUGUGAAAUGUCAAAUAUUUAUGUGUUCUUAUGCAUUAGCACAUUACUUAUGUAUUAUUUUUUAUGUCACAUAUAUUUCGAACAACAAAAUAAUGUCUUGUUUGAGUUAACAGCUGUUUAAAUUUUUCCAAUGUAGUUUUUUUCCUAUACAUGUAUCUUUUUGUGUUGAAUAUUAUACAGAUGUCAAAAAAGAGUAAAAGACAUUAUGAUUUUUUGCUGUAUCACUGCCUAUUUUCUUUAUAAUAUCUCAAAGUUUGCUUUGAUAGGUAUUUAAAAAAUUUGAAGUUUGUUUUUGUUAUAGGACAAUUUGAACUUUGGACUGUUUUCAGAAUUGUCCCAGAGUUAUGAAAUUCUCUAAAAAAAAUAUCACUUAAAUCGUUUGUAUUUUGGUCCGGACUUGCAUUUGCUGAUAUAAUUUUUGUUCUAAAUCAUUAACAUAUGAAAAAUUACAACAUGAAACUUUUCAGAUUUGUUUUUCAAGGUUUAUUGGACUUUGAUUGUUAAACAGUUUAAAAUAUUUAGUUUCAUAAAGGCAAUAUGUGUUUUAAAUUUGAAUCAUUUAGGUUUUAUACUUAUUUCUCAAAUUAAGCCAAUUUUUGAGGUUAUUUAUUUUUAUUCACUAAAUCCAUUUUCAACAUUAAAUAUGUUAAAUACUAAUUGCAUUUUUAGAAUAUUUUCUGAAUCAUUUUCUUUAAUUGUGGGAUUUUAUAUAAAUGGUAGAAAUGGGGGUAUUCUGUCAUCUUUCUGGUAUCAUAUACUCAUGUUACAGUUGUUUAUAUGUGUAGUCAUAUUUUUAUACUGAAUAAUGUAUCAUACAAAACCUGCCUCUUUGACCAUAAUCAUUUGUAAAAUUGGUUAAGUCUGGGAAAUACUAUUGUGAGUACUAUUGCACAAUUCAUCUUGAAUAUUCUGUGUGUGUAUCUGGAGGAAAGAAAGUAGGUUAAACGGGACCUUUAAAGUUUAAACAUACCAUGGUGUACUGAUCAUAUAAAUCAUAGAACUAAUUUUAUUAUGAGGGACACAAUAAGCAAGAAAAAACUAUCCAGUAAUUAUAUAAUCUAAGCAGGACCAGCAGAUUAAUUAUACAAUGUAUAAGCAGUUCAUUAGUUAAGCAGGUAACACUAUUGUUUAGGGACCACAUCAUUGUUAAUGAUUUGAAUGGUUGUUUUAACCAUCCAAUCAUUACACAGCAGAUGAUAAUUUAAUGUUUGCUUUAACAUGUCAAAAGUUAACUUGAGAGCCAAAAUGGGUUUAUUGAUCAAUUUAUCUGUUAUAAUUAUAUGAUUUCAAUUAUGUCUAGUAAAAAGUAAAAAUAUUUAAUAAGCUCACGUCGCGAUAUAGCCUUUUUGUGCUCAUGCAUUGUAAAGCAAACUACAAUCAAUGAAUGAUGUCUGUAUUAAACAUGUACCGAGGAGAUCUGAUGUCUUACAGCUGAAUAUUUCCAACUACUUAUUUUAUAUGUUUAAAGAAUUGUCAAUACUAAAUAAGAGGUGUGUUAAUUAUAUUCCUUUGUGCUGGCCUUUAUAUUAAGUACUAUGGUUGUCUCAGCUUAAUAUUUUUGAUAUCAAUUACGUCGAAAGUUUAAAAUGCAGGUGCUUGCCACUUUUUCAUCUAUUAAAACUAUAACAGUACUCUGAUUUUUCUUCAUCAUGGCUCUUUGAAACUUUUGCAAAGUUUUAAAAUGUUAAAAUUUAUAAGCUAAAAGUUAUUUUAAACAACAUUAAAUAUUACUGUCACAAAUCAUAACAGAAAAGAAGUGUUCCCAACGGUGAACAGAAAAACAUUUGCCCUUUAUAUUGAGUGGAGGGGGGCAUAGGGUAUGUAAUAAAAUUGAGAAUGCAAAUAGGUUAUGUGUCAAAGAGACAUCAACCUGACCAUAGAAACUUGCUUGUUCUCAGAAAUGUAUGUUUUCAUUUGCUUUGAUAGCUAUAAGAUCAAUGAAAUAAGAAGCUAAAUUAUUUCAAACAACAAAAUCAAUAGAACAAGAAGUAAUUUACAAAUAAUCCACCGACCAAACUUUUGAGAUUCAUGAUUAUAUUUGAUAUAUUAUGAAGAGUGUAUAGAUAACUUAUAUGUUGAUGUGUUAACCCUUUCCUCCAUGGAUUUUUUUUUCUCACUUACUUGAUUCGCAUAGGAAUUUUUCAAUAAAAACAAUCAUAACGUUUAAAGUAUGAAUGCAUUGUGAAAACGAAUAUUUCAUCGAUGAAAUUCAAGUCAGAUAUUCUUAUGAAUGUCCUUUUUAUAUUGGAUACUAAUUUUGUUAAGUCUGGCGCAAACAUUUUGUAUUCAAAGUGUUUCAACUGAGGUACUACACAGGCGUCAAAAGGUGUCAUUAUGGAGGAAAGGGUUAACAGUUUAUUUGUUACUGGUAUCUGUUUGUUAUUGUUGUUAUUCAGAGCUAUAAAUGAUGUUAAAUCAUAUAAAAUAAAGGAGAUGAUUUUGUAGAUUUUG